AUGUUGAGAGCAUUGAGCACUCGCAGAAGCCACAACAAGUAUGAAAAGCUAGUUGAUAACACUGAAUCUUCUUCGGCGGGUCUCAUUGUGGGAGGAGGUAGUGAUUAUCAGCUUAAAAGGAGCAAAACCUUGCCGGUUCGAUUUUUUGGGUCGGCCAGUAAAAGAGGUCAGAAGGUGUCUGUGGAGGUGGAGCUGAAAUUGCCGUCCCUCCCGGCAGUGAAACCGGCGAUGAAGGUUAACAAAAGUCACCCACUUUUCAGCCUCUUCGAUCGACGGCGCCAGAACAAGAGGACCACUUCGAGACCGGAGUUCGCUAGGUACAUCGAGUAUGUGAAGGAAGGCAGAGGCUCACUUUACUACAAGUGA